GAUUUCAUCAAAUUAUUCUUCUAUCUUCUUGCUGUGUCGGCAUUUUUGGUCGCUGUGUUUACCUCAUGUUCUUGGUUUGCAUUGAAAGAUGGCCAGCUUGGAUGAACUGAUCUCAAGAUGUCGGGAGUGAUUUCAUCUGUGUAGUUGUGGUGAUUGCAUCUGAAAUGGCUGCUUCAGGCAGCAGUCUUUCACAGUUUCCCAGUGUCCACCAUCAUCUGAAGGUGGAACACCAUGAGAGGGACCGAGAUUCGCCAUCAAGUGUCAUGACAAACAGCUUCAUGCACAGUACCAACUGCAUGGCGGACACCCCUUCCUCUGCUUUGGUAGAACCGGACCCCCACUCCCUCCUCAGUUCCUCUCUGACGGUUCCUCAGUCAAGCCUAACGGUCAGUGACCACGAGUCAACCAUUGACUCCCUGAAUGACGAUGGAAGCGACCUGCACGGGGAUGACUUCUCCAGCCAGCUUGGAGGAUGUGGAGACGAGUCGGACACCUUGGACGCCCUGUCCAGUCUGGCCCUCCAACAAUCAAGUCUCUUCCUGGUGAACCUUCCGACCAGGGCGCAGGCACCUCUUGGAUCGUUGGGCGGGGCCACCACAUCAUUCAUGCCCCUCCUGGUGAUAGGAGGGGGAAUGCAGAAGGGCGGAGAAGGGGCACAGUUUCUGAGGUUGCGGGAUAUCGCCCAUGCUAACUUGAUCUGUGCAACCCAAGAGAGUAUUGCCAGGACCUACAAUGCACCAACUCCAAAGCAAGUUGAAAAACGAGAGCACAAAUGUGAGCAAUGUGGCAGGAUCUUCAAGUCAUCCAGUCACUUCCGUUACCACAUGGAAACCCACAAGGGCAACAAGUUACUCAAGUGCCCUGUCAAUGGCUGCAAUAGAAGCUUUUCCUGGCCUGCUAACCUCAAAUACCAUGUUAGGACACAUGCCAAUGACCGUCCCUACCCAUGUCCCAGCAAGGGUUGUGGAAAGACAUUCUUCACAGUCCAGGCUCUAAAUGUCCACAGCAGAAUUCACUCUGGUACCAAACCUUUCAAAUGCACCCAUGAUGGCUGUGAUAAGAGCUUCACCACGCAGGGAAACCUCAAGAAUCAUUUCAGGACUCAUACUGGUGAGCGUCCAUUCAAUUGUGACUUUGAUGGAUGUACUCAGAAGUUUGCAGAGAUGUCUAGUUUAAAGAAGCAUAAACUUACACAUACAGGUGAAAAACCGUACAAGUGUGAGAUUUGUGGACGCCUCUUCUCCCAGAGCGCCAGUCGGAAUACUCAUAAACGACGCCACCACAGCUCAUUGACGGACAGCAAAAUCUCACCUGUCUUGGAUGGUGAUAGUGAUGUAGCCAAUGAGAAGCUGGUAUCUAAGGGGCGUGGCAGUAGCCACACCAAUAAGAAGUCUCGCUUUACGAUAGAACGCCUAAAGCGAGAAACAGCAAAGAGUCCAGUAUGUGAAUCUAUAACUGGGAUAAGUUCUAGUGAAAUCCCGUCUGUAGCAGCUCCUUGCAGCAGUAUUGAUCAAGAACCUGAUGACAUCUCACUUCCACACUCACUCCUACCAGGACUUGGUCAGGAGGAAUCCUCUGUAGCAAGCUCAUUGGAGAAGGCUGAUUUGCAGGACGAAUCAUCCUCAGAGUUUGUUCUUUCUCAUCAGCACUCGAUCCAUAGCAUGGUUAGUGGAUCGCAUCACAGUCAUGAUAUUCAAGAGAGUACCGAAAGUAGCCAACAUCAUCAUCAUCAUCAUCAUCAUCAUCAUGGGCACCUACAUCACCAUGCCAACCGUCUCCAUGAUCAUCAAGAAGUAUCAUCAGCAGGCGGGAUGGUUUACAAUCCCGCUGCCAGCCAGUCACUGCUACAGUCAAACCUUGAUGAGGCGGGCCCUCACCUGAUGGGUGUGGCUGACGAAUCCAACGUGAUGGGCGUCACCAGCAACCAUGUGAUGUCAGUAGCCGACAUGGGUGUGUCUAGUAGCCAUUUGAUUGAUGUAUCUGACAGCCAUGUCAUGAGUGUAACCGACAGUCAUGAUGUGAUUGGGGUAUCAGAUGGUCAUGUGAUUGGUGUAUCAGAUGGUCAUGUGAUUGGCGUGUCCGAUAGUCAUGUGAUGGGCGUGUCAGAUAGCCAUGUAAUGGGCGUAUCGGAUAGUCCAGUCAUGGGCGUAUCGGAUAGUCACGUUAUAGGUGUUUCAGAUAGUCACGUUAUAGGUGUAUCAGAUAGUCAUGUCAUAGGUGUAUCGGAUAGUCAUGUGAUCGGUGUGUCCGAUAGUCAUGUGAUGGGUGUGUCUGAUAGUGAUCAUGUGAUUGGCGUCUCUGAUGAUCCUCCAUCAGUAAGUGAGGGGCUACAGUAUCCUGAAGACAUAUGGGGUGGUCAAGAGCAUAUGGGUGAAAACAUUAUGGAAUGUACUUGACAUAUACCCGUAUGCAACAGUAAUUAACUUAUCAAACUCAUAGAACAGUAAAGUUUUGUAUGAAUUUUUUGUUGUUGAGUGGUAUUUAUGUUUAUUCUGAGCUGUAACCUAUAAAGUAUUAAGUAUAUAGUGAUAUUAUUUAAGUGUUGGUGAAAACUAUGGAUUGAAAAAAUAUAUAUAUACUUGCCACACUAUGUCUUUACCACAACUUAAACCAUUGAAAAAUAAUGGAAGAUUGACCAUAACUAAAAAUAACCUUUUCAAAUGUAUUUGUACUCUCUUAUUCUCUCAAAAUGUUUGAUUAUCAGUGAUAUUUCUUCCACAUUUUGGAUCUUGUUUAUGCUAUUAAUAGGCAUUUUGAUGCUGAUACAUUCCAAGUCACCUGACCUUUAAGCAAUCUCAUUAUAUUUUAAACUUUUUCGAUUGAGAGGCAGUUACUAUUAAAAAUUUAACCCAAUAUUGUCAAGCCCCAUAAUGAAAUUAUUCCCUAAUUUAUAUAACCAUACUUAACAGUAGAUGUGGUGUUUAAAAUAUCAAUUUAAACGAUUGAUGUUUUGUGAUAUUGGACAAAACUUGGAUGCACUUAUUUUUUUCAGCCAGAUGUUAACUGUGUGUGAUGCAUUUGUAAAGUAUACAUUUUGAUAACGACUCUUCUUUUUUUAAAGGGUCAUAGAUAAAAAAAAUGAAUAUUUAUCCCCUUGUUUACAAAUGUCUUUUUAUUAUCCAUGUAAACAUGAUUUUUUUUUCAUUUAAACUAUGUGACUACGACUCGUAUAAAAGUGAUUAAAAAAAGGUUUCUGAUGAGAUGUUUGCAUGCUACUGAAUGCAUUUUGUUUGGAGAUAGAAUUAUCUAGUGUACUAUAUAUAAAACACAAUCAGUUCAAAUUGAUCGGGGUUGACCGAAAUCAAGGUUGAAACUAUGUGUGCUGUGGAAGGGCUGUCUGCAUGUUGGUUAGUGUAUUUUCUGUUUGGUCCCAUCCUUUAUGGUCUAAUCCUAGUUCAUGGACAACCAGUACAUCUGGGUCUGAUUGCCAUUUAGCCAAUUAAUUAUUUGUAUCUAAAUUCCAGUCAGGCUAUACCUAUUUCAUCUAAUAUCCACUUGGUCUUACAUCAUGUAGUAUUAUAUAAGGUUAUUUUGAACUGUUUAUAAAUUGAGAUUCCAUUUAGCUAAGUACAAAUUAAUAAUCGUUACUGGAAACCGGUUCAGGAAACCAGUUUGGAAGAUCGCUUUGUAAGCGUUCCCACUUGAUCACAGGAAGUGGU